AUGGACUCGCUUUGCCUUGCGGAGCUUGCGGAGCCCGCCUGUGAUCGAAGCAGACUGGUCUUUAACUAUGGCCAGUUGAAGCCCUGCGCCCUGGACUAUAUCAACGAGACGGUGGAUGGCUUGGUGAGGCAUAACCCACAGCUGGCAGAGGAACUCACCUGGAGAUGUUACCUUGGGCAGUCAUCCCUCCGUGGCCUAGCUCAUUGGAUGCUGCUGCUGCAGCCGGUGCAGGAGAAGGAGGUAGCAGUGCCUUUCAGUCAGAUGCGGAAUGCAACCAUUGAAAUGGCAGAUUCUAUGACGAGAUCAGUCGAUCCUGGCCAUUUCUUCUUGGCCAUCGAACUGUUGGUUGACGAGGACACGUAG